AUGGCUGUCGAUCCUGUAAAAAAAAUGCUCCUUGAAGACUCGGACUCUAAUAAUGAGUUGGAACUACUUACUACAAUUGUUUGGGCAUGUAAACAUUUCAAUAGAGAGGGAGGAUCCAUUUUACGUCGUGGUUCUGUUCUAGGACGUACCUUCAUUUAUCGUGAUUCACUGCAAGGCCACCAAAGGCUUUUUCUAUAUUAUUUUGCUGAUUCACCAGUAUAUCCUCCAAAAGUAUUUAGAAGAAGGUUUCGGAUUCAUCGUCCUCUUUUUCUUCAUAUUCUCUCUGCGGUAGAAGAUUAUGAUACAUACUUUAUCCAAACAAGAUAUUGUGCUGGAACUCAAGGUUUAUCUUGUCUUCAAGAGAUGACCACCGCAUUUAGAAUGCUCGCUUAUGGAGUACCAGCUGACUAUGUGGAUGAGUACGUGCGGAUUGGAGAAGCCACCGCAAUUGAAUCUCUAGAAAGAUUUGUUAGAGCGGUGGUUUCAAUUUAUUCCAACAAUUAUUUAAGGUCUCCAAAUGUCGAUGAUGUUGCUAGAUUGUUAGAAGUUGGCGAAAGACGUGGUUUUCCAGGAAAAGGGCCUGCUCCUCCAACUAAUUACUCAAUCAAUGGUCAUAACUACACAAUAGGAUACUAUCUUGCUGAUAGUAUAUGUCCGCAGCGGUCGACAUUUGUAAAGACAACUUCUUGUCCCCAAGGGAAAAAGGCCAAACAAUUUGCUGCUGCUCAAGAGUCAAUAAGAAAGGACGUGGAACGUGCAUUUGGAGUGCUUCAAGCACGAUUCGCAAUCAUUCGUGGACCUGCACGUGGUUGGAGCCCUGAAACGCUCAAAUACAUAAUGAAAGCGUGCAUAAUAAUGCAUAACAUGAUCAUUGAAAACGAGCGAAAUACUGAUGAUGCUUUUGACUUUGAAUAUGAACAAGCCAAUGAAACUCCUCUUGUACAAGUUUCUCAUGAGCAUACCCCUGGAUUUGUUGAGUUCAUUCAAAGGCAUUUGAGCAUUAGAGACCAUCAAAUUCAUUCUUAG